UUAGACACGAUGGCAAACUGGGUGGAAGCGAGACCUCUCCUCAUUCUUACUGUUCUAUUAGGGCAAUUUGUCUCAAUAAAAGCCCAGGAAGAAGGCGAGGAUGAAGGAUAUGGUGAAGAAAUAGCCUGCACUCAGAACGGCCAGAUGUACUUAAACAGGGACAUUUGGAAACCCGCCCCUUGCCAGAUCUGUGUCUGUGACAAUGGAGCCAUUCUUUGCGACAAGAUAGAGUGCCAGGAUGUGCUCGACUGUGCUGACCCUAUAACUCCCCCUGGGGAGUGCUGUCCUGUCUGUUCACAGACCACGGGAGGUGAAGGUAGCAAUACCAAUUUUGGUAGAGGAAGAAAGGGACAAAAAGGUGAACCAGGAUUAGUUCCUGUUGUAACAGGCAUUCGUGGUCGCCCAGGACCUGCAGGACCUCCAGGAUCACAAGGACCAAGAGGAGAGCGAGGCCCAAAAGGGAGACCUGGUCCUCGUGGUCCUCAGGGAAUUGAUGGAGAACCAGGUGUUCCUGGUCAACCUGGUGCUCCAGGGCCUCCUGGGCAUCCGUCCCACCCAGGACCCGAUGGCAUGAGCAGGCCGUUUUCAGCUCAGAUGGCUGGGUUGGAUGAAAAAUCUGGACUUGGGAGUCAAGUAGGACUGAUGCCUGGCUCUGUGGGUCCUAUUGGCCCAAGGGGACCUCAAGGUUUACAAGGGCAGCAAGGUGGCGUAGGACCUACAGGACCUCCUGGAGAACCUGGUGAUCCUGGACCAAUGGGUCCAGUUGGUUCACGAGGACCAGAGGGCCCUCCUGGGAAACCUGGUGAAGACGGUGAACCUGGUAGAAAUGGAAAUACUGGUGAAGUGGGAUUUACAGGAUCUCCAGGGGCUCGAGGCUUUCCUGGGGCUCCUGGUCUUCCAGGCCUGAAAGGUCAUCGAGGACACAAAGGUCUCGAUGGCCCUAAAGGUGAAGUUGGAGCACCUGGUUCCAAGGGUGAAGCAGGCCCUACCGGUCAAAUGGGAGCCAUGGGUCCUCUGGGUCCCAGAGGAAUGCCAGGAGAGAGAGGGAGACUUGGGCCACAGGGUGCUCCUGGACAACGAGGUGCACACGGUAUGCCUGGAAAACCUGGACCUAUGGGUCCUCUUGGGAUAUCUGGCUCUCCUGGUUUUCCAGGGAAUCCUGGAAUGAAGGGAGAUGCAGGUCCUACUGGGGCACGAGGCCCUGAAGGUCCUCAGGGGCAGAGAGGUGAAACUGGGCCACCAGGUCCAGUUGGCUCUCAAGGUCUUCCUGGUGCAAUGGGAACUGAUGGUACACCUGGUGCCAAAGGCCCAACGGGCUCUCCAGGUGCAUCUGGACCUCCUGGAUUGCCAGGGCCCCCUGGAUCUCCAGGACCUCAGGGCAGCACUGGACCUACGGGAAUUCGAGGACAACCGGGUGACCCAGGAGUUCCAGGUUUCAAAGGAGAAGCUGGCCCAAAAGGGGAACCAGGGCCACAUGGUAUUCAGGGUCCAAUAGGCCCACCUGGUGAAGAAGGCAAAAGAGGUCCCCGAGGUGAUCCAGGAACAGUUGGUCCUCCAGGCCCAGUGGGAGAAAGGGGUGCUCCUGGCAAUCGUGGUUUUCCAGGCUCUGAUGGUUUACCUGGGCCCAAGGGUGCUCAAGGAGAGCGGGGUCCUGUAGGUUCAUCAGGACCUAAAGGAGGCCAGGGGGACCCAGGACGUCCAGGCGAACCCGGACUUCCAGGUGCUCGGGGUCUGACAGGAAAUCCUGGUGUUCAAGGUCCUGAAGGAAAACUUGGACCUUUGGGUGCUCCAGGGGAAGAUGGCCGUCCAGGUCCUCCGGGCUCCAUAGGAAUCAGAGGGCAGCCUGGGAGCAUGGGCCUUCCAGGCCCCAAAGGUAGCAGUGGUGACCCUGGAAAACCUGGAGAAGCAGGAAAUGCUGGUGUUCCUGGUCAGAGGGGAGCUCCUGGAAAAGAUGGUGAAGUUGGUCCUUCUGGUUCUGUGGGCCCCCCGGGUCUAGCUGGGGAAAGAGGAGAACAGGGACCUCCAGGUCCCACUGGCUUUCAGGGGCUCCCUGGUCCCCCAGGGCCUCCUGGGGAAAGUGGAAAGCCGGGUGAUCAGGGUGUUCCUGGAGAUCCCGGAGCAGUUGGCCCAUUAGGACCUAGAGGAGAACGAGGAAAUCCUGGGGAAAGAGGAGAACCAGGAAUAACUGGACUCCCCGGUGAGAAGGGAAUGGCUGGCGGACAUGGUCCUGAUGGUCCCAAAGGCAGUCCAGGUCCAUCUGGGACCCCUGGAGAUACAGGCCCACCAGGUCUUCAAGGGAUGCCGGGAGAAAGAGGAAUUGCGGGAACUCCUGGCCCCAAGGGUGACAGAGGUGGCAUAGGAGAGAAAGGUGCUGAAGGCACAGCUGGAAACGAUGGAGCGAGAGGUCUUCCAGGUCCCUUGGGCCCUCCUGGUCCUGCAGGUCCCACUGGAGAAAAGGGUGAACCUGGUCCUCGAGGUUUAGUUGGCCCCCCCGGCUCUCGUGGCAAUCCUGGUUCUCGUGGUGAAAAUGGCCCAACUGGGGCUGUUGGUUUUGCUGGACCCCAGGGUCCUGAUGGGCAGCCUGGAGUAAAAGGUGAACCUGGAGAGCCAGGACAGAAGGGAGAUGCCGGAUCUCCUGGACCACAAGGGCUAGCAGGAUCCCCUGGCCCUCACGGUCCUAAUGGUGUCCCUGGACUAAAAGGUGGUAGAGGAACCCAGGGUCCACCUGGUGCUACAGGAUUUCCUGGUUCUGCUGGCAGAGUUGGACCUCCAGGCCCUGCUGGAGCUCCAGGACCUGCAGGACCCUUGGGGGAACCGGGGAAGGAGGGACCUCCAGGUCUUCGUGGGGACCCUGGCUCUCAUGGGCGAGUGGGAGAUCGAGGACCAGCUGGCCCCCCUGGUGGCCCAGGAGACAAAGGGGACCCAGGAGAAGAUGGGCAACCUGGUCCAGAUGGUCCCCCGGGUCCAGCUGGCACAACUGGGCAAAGAGGAAUUGUGGGCAUGCCCGGGCAGCGUGGAGAGCGAGGCAUGCCUGGCCUGCCAGGCCCGGCGGGCACACCAGGAAAAGUAGGACCAACUGGUGCACCAGGAGAUAAAGGUCCACCUGGACCUGUGGGACCCCCAGGCUCCAAUGGUCCAGUAGGGGAACCUGGACCAGAAGGUCCAGCUGGUAAUGAUGGUACCCCAGGACGGGAUGGUGCUGUUGGAGAACGUGGGGAUCGUGGAGACCCUGGGCCUGCAGGUCUGCCAGGCUCUCAGGGUGCCCCUGGGACUCCUGGUCCUGUUGGUGCUCCAGGAGAUGCAGGACAAAGAGGAGAUCCGGGUUCUCGGGGUCCUAUAGGACCACCUGGUCGAGCUGGGAAACGUGGUUUACCUGGACCCCAAGGACCUCGUGGUGACAAAGGUGAUCACGGAGACCGAGGUGACCGAGGUCAGAAGGGCCAUAGAGGCUUCACUGGUCUUCAGGGUCUUCCUGGUCCUCCUGGUCCAAAUGGUGAACAAGGCAGUGCUGGAAUCCCGGGACCAUUUGGCCCAAGAGGUCCUCCAGGCCCAGUUGGUCCUUUAGGUAAAGAAGGAAACCCUGGGCCACUUGGGCCCAUUGGACCUCCUGGUGUGCGGGGCAGUGUAGGAGAAGCAGGACCUGAGGGUCCUCCUGGUGAGCCUGGUCCACCUGGCCCUCCGGGUCCUCCUGGCCACCUUACAGCUGCUCUUGGGGACAUCAUGGGGCACUAUGAUGAGAGUAUGCCAGAUCCACUUCCAGAGUUUACUGAAGAUCAGGCAGCUCCUGAUGACAAAAACAAAACUGACCCUGGGGUCCACGCUACCCUGAAGUCACUCAGUAGUCAGAUUGAAACCAUGCGCAGUCCUGAUGGCUCUAAAAAGCACCCAGCCCGGACUUGUGAUGACUUAAAGCUUUGCCAUUCCACAAAGCAGAGUGGUGAAUACUGGAUCGAUCCUAACCAGGGAUCUGCUGAAGAUGCAAUCAAAGUUCACUGCAAUAUGGAAACAGGAGAAACGUGUAUUUCAGCAAACCCAUCCAGUGUACCACGGAAAACUUGGUGGGCCAGCAAAUCUCCUGACCAUAAGCCUGUUUGGUAUGGUCUUGAUAUGAAUAGAGGAUUUCAGUUUGCUUAUGGAGACUACCAGUCGGCUAACACAGCCAUUACUCAGAUGACCUUCUUGCGCCUUUUAUCGAAAGAAGCCUCUCAGAACAUUACUUACAUCUGCAAAAACAGUGUAGGAUACAUGGAUGAUCAAGCUAAGAACCUCAGGAAAGCUGUGGUUCUCAAAGGGGCAAAUGACUUAGAAAUCAAAGCAGAGGGAAAUGUUAGAUUCAGAUAUACAGUUCUACAAGACACUUGCUCUAAGCGAAGUGGAAAUGUGGGCAAGACUGUCUUUGAAUAUAGAACACAGAAUGUGGCACGCUUGCCCAUCAUAGAUCUUGCCCCUGUGGAUGUUGGCGGCACAGACCAGGAAUUUGGUGUAGAAAUUGGGCCAGUUUGUUUUGUGUAAAGUAAGCCAAGAUACAUCGACCAUGAGCACCACCAUCAGUGACCACCACCGUUCACAAGAACUUUGUUUGAAGUUGAUCCUGAGACUCUUGAAGUUACGGCUGAUCCUGCAUCAGCCCUGUAUAUAUGGUCUUGAGUGCCUGGCCUCCUUCUCCUUCAGAAUAUUUAUUUUACUUAUGAUCCUCAAGUUUUAAUUGAUUUAAAAUAUUUUUCAAUACAGCAGUUUAGGGUGAAGAUGACCAAUGACAAUGACCACCUUUUAAAAAAAGUAAACUGAUAAAUAAAUAAAUAAAUCUC